CAACAACAUCAGGUCUCCGCACGCUAGACUAGCCCUCCACAACACCCACCUCCCCGCGCGCUCUACAGCAAUAUCAUGAAUUGAACGGCCCAGAACAAUGUCCUUCUCGUACGACCGCUACGACCGCCGCCAGUCCUCGUCCAGCCGCCGCACCACCUUCGGCUACUGGGUACCCCUAGUCCUCACCGUCACUGUUGCGACCGCGGGCUUCGCCGCCUGGGUAUGGAGUGAGCGACGCGACGACGAUGAAUCCGACGAUGCCGAUCUGAGCUAUGGCGAGGAUGAGUACAGGAAGAUGCCCGAGGGCUCGCGCGAGAGCAUGUCGCAGGGAGUGGCGCGCGACGACGAGGGCCUCAUGUCGCGCGUGCAGGGCGUCAUGCGACGGACACCGAGUCCGCAGCAGCUGUUUGACACUGUGAGCAAGAAGACAGCCGCUGGGUUUGCAGCCGCAGGAGCUGCUGCUGGGGCGGCGCUUGCUUCGAUCCGGGAGGAGGAUAAAGAUGAUUAUGCGGACCAUAACAGAUGGUCCGAGGAAGCAGCCAUCAGGCGCAAUGUCGAAGCGCAGUCUUCGCAGAGCGCGGCGGCGGUGGACACGCAGACAAAGUCGUUCGCCGCUUCGGUGAGGGGUGGACCCUCAGCUAGCGGCAGGAGGAAGACGGUGGCUAUUGUUGUGUCCGCCGAGUCUUUGAUGGACACGCAUGAGGAGGAUGGCUCGUACCGCUCAGAGAAUGCUACCAUACUCUCCCACCUCCCCGACACCGACUUCAGCAAAACCAAGCUCUUUGUGCUCAUCUACUCGCCCUCUCUGCGAUCACGACCCAACUCGCGGACGGGUGCUGCUUCCCUCGGCUCAUCCUACUCAGCCAUAUCCACUCCCGCGCGUACACCAGGAGAAGAACUUCAGUCUAUCGAACCGCACCCGGAAGAGACCGUUUAUACCCCAGCCCUGUCCGCACGAAGCUCAGAUACCGUACUCUGGAACACUCUCCACGCGCAAGCUCUUCGGCUCGUCGAGGACCCCGCUAUGGUCAUGCCCUUCACCACGCCCACUGGCUUUGUACAUAUGCUUCGCCACCUCGGCCCCGAGCUUGUGUACGUCGUAGACGCUCUGAGCGGCCCUCACGGCUCCAACAUCGAAGACCUCAAGCGCUGGGUUAGCCAAACUGUUGUAGUUGUCGGCGGCGAUGGCACUGGGCUAGGCGGAUUGGUGGACACCGAUGACGAGGGUGCAGCUGGCAAGUCGAAAUCAGAGCAUGCCGGCCACGGCGAUCGAUGGUGGGAGAACACGGACAUGGUAGGCCUUGGAAAGGGCGUGGAGAUUGUGGACGCUUCGAGACUUACGGACGAUUACGAGAGGCGAGCCGGAGGAAGGGAGUAAAUACACUUUCCUCUGGAGUUUCGGAUGAUAACCCGCUUGCUUACUGCGAGUACUUAGGUAGCCCCUUUUGGGAAAUGCGUAUGUAACGAAACAUGAAUAUUUUACUUCUCUAUAUCCCAGGGGCUGUUUCUUCGCU